CUGUCAACCGACCUCCCCGAAUGACGUCGCCUUAUUAGGCAAUAAAAAACCAAGACACAUUCCGGGCCGGCUAUGGUGACGACUCCCAUACCGAUAUUGCAUUCCCAGCAGAUCGAAGAUAUUGACGUCGCCGCCCAUGGCUCCGCGAGAACCGGGCCAGCGACGCCGGAAACCGCCAGCUAAAAACAAGCACAAAAAAAGGCGGCCCAGCUCAAGAGACGAACCCCCAACAUCAACCGAAAGUAGGUCGGCAGGAACCACAUCGCAGGGCUUGUCCUCGGCGGCAUUGGCGCUGCUUAACCAGGAAAAUGCGAGGAAUAUCCCAAUACAACAGCUCCGUCGAGAUCGAGAGCGAGAACGAGAACGAGAACGAGAACGAGAAGAGGAGAGGGAAAAGGAGAGAAAGCGCGAGCGCGAGCGCACACGGGCCAGAGAGAAGGAGUUACGAAAGCAGAGAGAGAAACGGGCUCUAGCCAAGGAAGACGCUCGCCAGGCGACGACAAACCCAAGAAAACAAGCCGCGAGGGACGGCUACCGCGAUCUCGGCGACCCCCAGAUUCCAUAUGAAACGGCGGUCCAGAAGCCUCGCGACAAGAAGCGCAGCAGUCGCCGUGUUGUCAGCGGGGCGAUACUCGAAGAGGGCAGGGGGGAAGCACGCGGGCUGAGAGGGGGCGCUCUAGAAAGCAGCUACGACAGCAGCGUCGAGAAGGAUGCGAUAUACGAGGACCACGGCCGGAAGCUGCCAAGAAACAAGCGGAAGAAAAUAUGGAUCCUUGUUGGAAUCGGGGUCGUCAUCCUCCUCAUCAUCAUCAUAGUAGUAGCCGUCGUAGUCAGCAAAAAUAACUCGGGCGGCGGCAGCAGCGAUGACAGCAGCGGGCCCAACACGUCGGGGUUGAGCGGCUUGUCGCCGAGCAGCGUGCCGGCAGGGGCGCCGUCAUGGCUGAACCCGUUUGUCUGGCAGGACACCACCAGCUUCAACCUCACUUACACCAACGACACGGUUGGCAACCUGCCCGUCAUGGGGCUUUACUCAACUUGGGAUGACUCGGCGGCGGCCAACGAGCACGCGCCGGCGCUGAACCAGCCCUGGGGCGACUACUCGAAGCGGCCGGCGCGGGGGGUCAACGUCGGCGGGUGGCUGUCGCUGGAGCCCUUCAUCACGCCGUCGCUAUUCAACUACGACCUGCGCAUGGGCAUCGUCGACGAGUACACGCUGUGCAAGUACCUGGGGUCGAAGUGCGAGAGCACGCUCGAGAAGCACUACGCCACGUUUGUGACCGAGGACACGUUCCGCGACAUCGCCGCGGCUGGGCUCGACCACGUGCGCAUCCCCUUCUCGUACUGGGCGGUGCAGACGUACGACGGCGACCCCUACGUGUUCCGCACGUCGUGGCGCUACCUGCUGCGGGCCAUCGAGUGGUGCCGCAAGUACGGCCUGCGCGUCAACCUCGACCUGCACGCGCUGCCCGGCAGCCAGAACGGCUGGAACCACAGCGGGCGUCUAGGCCCCAUCGGCUGGCUCAACGGCACCGACGGCGACACCAACGAGCAGCGGUCGCUCGACGUACACGACCGCCUGUCCAAGUUCUUCGCCCAGCCGCGCUACCGCAACAUGAUCAGCCACUACGGCCUAGCCAACGAGCCCAAGAUGACCUUCCUGUCGGUUUCGGGCGUGCUGCAGUGGACCGAGACGGCGUACGCGCUGGUGCGCAAGAACGGGCUGCCCGACUCGGCCGUCGUCGUGUUCGGCGACGGCUUCCGCGGCCUCGAGAACUGGCAGGGCGAGCUGACCGACCUGAGCACCAGCCAGGGCGCUGCCCUCGACGUGCACCAGUACGUCAUCUUCAACACGGACCUCAUCGUCUUCAACCACUCGCAAAAGGUCCAGUUCGCCUGCGACAACUGGUCCCAGCAGUCGAGCGCCAGCAUGGACCGCGCCACCGGCUACGGCCCCACCCUUGUCGCCGAGUGGUCCCAGGCCGACUCGGACUGCGCCCAGCACCUGACCAACGUCGGCUGGGGCAACCGCUGGACCGGCACCCUCGGCACCCUCACCUCUCCCUACUGCCCCCUCAAGGACAGCCGCUGCGACUGCAACGCCGCCAAUGCCGACCCCUCGCAGUGGUCCGACACGUACAAGCAGUUCCUGCUCAUGUUCGCCGAGGCCCAGAUGUCCAGCUUCGAGAAGAGCUGGGGCUGGUUCUACUGGGUGUGGGACACCGAGUCUGCGUGAGUUUUGUUUUUCUUUCUUUCUCCAUUUCCCCUCUAACCGACACUGUUCAAAUUCACUGACUGGGU